GCAACUGCGGCAGCGUGUUAUAUUUGUCUAUACAUACGGAGGAGGCUCAUACAGUUUCGUUUUGGAGUUACAUUGCGCACACGUGAAAGGACGAAAAGCAACAAUUGCAUCUCUCGGCACCGCUACAAGGCUAUGCUAUCCGCAUCAUCCGCACCUUACUGAGUAAUGUUCAUAAACGAGUGGGCGACCACUCACGGAGGACACACAAAAACGGUCUCUGUUUGAGAUGAACAGUUCUCGAGAAUGGAGAAACAAUCGCCCUCAGAAGACCCUCCUAGGAAACCUCAGGGCAACAGAGACGUCACGUUUCAACCUAUCUCGUCUGAUGUCACAUCACCAAGGUCGACAAGCGCCGCCAAUUCGAGGAGUUCCACGCCCAUUAAGGGGAUGGACUUAGAAGCAUGCUUUUCGGAAGACAUCACGGACGGUCCGCCUCCAAUGUACUCCGCCGCAGUCCAGAUGUCCAAUAAGAAACAUGGCCCAGUGAUGAUGUCGAGAACUCUCUCUGUGGUGUCGUUAAUAUCGAAUCGUGGGACGGAGAAAAUAAGGUGGACGAAGCUUCAAAAGACUACGCUCUUCUGUCUUUGCUUGGUCAACUUUACGAGCUACCUCAGUUACUCUGUGAUUGCACCAUUUUAUCCGCAAGAGGCAUCAUUAAAAGGUAUGAGAGAAGCUACAUCUGGGUUUGUUUUCAGCGUCUAUGCUCUGACGAUGAUGGCUUUUUCACCCAUCUUUGGCAAGUUGGUGCCUCUGGUUGGAACCAAAACCAUAUUCUAUGGUGGAAUAUUUUUUGCCGGAGCCGCUAACACUAUGUUUGGGCUUCUUAAUAUGGUGGACGACACAUUGUUGUUUACGGUUCUUUCGUUUGUUGUUCGGAUUUUCGAAGCCGUCGGAGCAGCAGCAUUUGGAACUGCAUCGUACACCAUUGUUCUUAAUUUAUAUCCAGACCACAUCAGUACAGUUUUUGGUAUUAUUGAAACAUGUGUGGGCAUAGGGAUGAGCCUGGGCCCUGCUAUCGGCGGAGUGCUCUACAGUGCUGGUGGAUUUGGGCUUCCGUUCUACAUCCUUGGCAGCUGUGUCCUCACAACGCUUCCAGUCAGCUGGAUGUUAAUGAGACAUAUCACAGUGCAGUCUACCGCAACUAGGCAGGAAUCCUACUUGACUUUGCUCAGAGUGCCUCAAGUCAUUGUUGUCUGCAUCAUUCUUGUUGUGGGUUCACAGUCACAGGGUUUUGUGGAACCUACAUUAGAGCCGCACAUGCGCAAGGAAUUUGGCGCCGAAGCUGAUAUUGUGGGCGUCUUUUUUCUCAUCCUGGCUGCAACAUUCUCUAUCAGUUCACCAAUUGUUGGGUGGAUUUGUAUGAAAACCGAGCAGCGAAUACCAAUGAUGGUUGUAGGGCUAGUUUUGAUGUCUGGGACUCAGCUUUUCAUGGGACCAGCACCUUUCUUGGGUAUACCGAGCAAUAUGUGGAUGACCCUGGUCACAGUGGCACUCUUGGGGUCUUCCUUUGCCAUUGCGUACGUGCCAACCAUGGAGAGCAUAAUUCAUGCUGCUGUUGCUGGUGGAAUGCAAGACGACGUGGCAACCUAUGGCCUCGUGUCCGGCUUGUGGUCGUCGAUGUACUCCUUAGGAGAAGUCCUGGGACCUUCUAUUGGUGGAGUGUUCUUAGACGUGGUCGGCUUUCCUUGGGCCAGCACCAUCAUAUCAGGCGUAUCCCUGUGCACAGCAAUGAUGGGAAUCAUUUACUGGUUCUGUGCAAAGAAGACAGAUACGGAAUCCUUCUGGUACACCAAUGGCAUUUCUGACAGUGGCAUUGGUGACGACGCCAGCAUUGAAUCUGAACCAGCUGGAGAAACUACAGCACUUCUGGCAAGCUCUGAGCAACAGGUCAAGUACAACUCGCUGUGAAAUUAGGAAGUUUAUGCACUGGAUUACACAGUUCCAAACUGUUUUUAAAUUUAGGUGCACCACACGAAAUUACUUGGAACAAAAAUUUCAUAGUCGGUGAACAAAACUCCAUACUUUAUGCGGAUUAGUUUAAAUUCAAAGUUUUAGCUGUUUUUUAAUAACUGAUGGGCUUUUUUAUGGCAUGUGUGGUGUUUGCUAUAAAUUACAAAGAAGACUACUUCUGAUGAUACAGACUAUCGGAUGAGGAAACUAAUUUGAUUCCAUUCAGACAUCUUGGGUUGAGUGCUUUUCAUUUGUCUGAUUCUUUCUGCUCAUUGUAUUUUCUAUAGAAACAUUGUACAUACUUAAGUUGAUAGUACGUUUUCAUUGAUAAACCUUCAUAGCCAGCAUUUCUAUCAGCAAGUGACAGAGAAAGCAGUCAAAGUAUUUGUCUCAGAAAUGCAAUCAUGACAUAGUCCUAGUUAAAGCAUGUUUUAUAAACUUGAUAAAAUGUUAGUUGCCACACAAAACAACCAGCUGAUGGAAUGUUACAUGAUGUUUCAUGUAUACAUUCCUUAUUUUUGUUAACAUCUCCUUUACACUGUUGUCAGAAGUUGUAUUAAAAAAAAAAGUACAUCUUGA